CUUGUAGCAAUUAUACCAGAAAUGAUAUGUGAAUAUAAAGUUGAAAAGCAUAGACAUGAAAUAACAAGAAUUAUGGAUCAUAUAAUCCUAAUUUACAUGGUUCAAGUUAAUUCUAUAGCUUCAGAUAGACUAAAUAGAUCACUUAAAGAUAUUUUAUUUAGUUUAAUUCCUAAAUUAGCAUAUAGCGAAUCAGAAGUAUUACAAGUGGAGAACAUUAUUCAUGUUAAAUUAAGUGGAGAUGGGCAACAA